AUGCUGACCACGCAGAGAAGUGUAUCGGGGUCGUCGCAGAGCCCUAGAUCUCCAUCCUCGCAGCCGUACCUGUCAGUCUCAGUGACUGAUCCUGUGAAAUUGGGCAAUGGCGUCCAGGCCUAUAUCUCCUAUCGUGUAAUCACCAAGACAAAUUUUCCCGAGUACCAAGGGCCGGAGAAGAUUGUUAUUAGACGGUACAGUGAUUUUGUUUGGCUACGUGACCGUAUUUUUGAAAAAUACAAAGGAGUUUUUAUUCCUCCUCUCCCUGAAAAGAGUGCUGUAGAAAAGUUCCGUUUCAGUGCUGAAUUCAUUGAGAUGAGGCGUCAAGCAUUGGAUGUAUUUGUUAAUCGAAUAGCUUCACAUCAUGAGCUUCAGCAAAGUGAGGAUCUGAGAACCUUCUUGCAGGCAGAUGAAGAGACAAUGGAGAGAUUAAGGUUUCAUGAGACUGGUAUCUUUAAGAAGAAGCCAGCAGAUUUGAUGCAAAUCUUCAAGGAUGUACAGUCUAAAGUGAGCGAUGUUGUUCUUGGAAAGGAAAAGCCAGUGGAAGAGUCAAAUCCAGAAUAUGAGAAGUUGAAACACUACAUCUUUGAGCUUGAAAACCACUUGGCUGAAGCCCAGAAGCAUGCAUACCGUCUUGUAAAGAGGCACAGAGAGCUUGGACAGUCUCUCUCAGAUUUCGGGAAAGCAGCCAAGCUCCUUGGAGCUUGUGAAGGUAAUGCUCUUGGAAAGGCUUUCACCGAGCUUGGGGCAAAGUCAGAGGUAUUAUCAAUCAGACUGCAAAAGGAGGCUCACCAACUCUUAAUGAAUUUUGAAGAACCCUUGAAAGAUUAUGUUCGCGCUGUGCAAUCUAUUAAGGCCACGAUAGCUGAGAGAGCAAAUGCCUUCAGGCAACAGUGUGAACUUGCUGAAACAAUUAAGUUGAAGGAGAUAAAUCUUGAAAAACUCAUGCUCACGCGAUCAGACAGGGUUGGAGAAGCUGAGCACGAGUACAAGGAGGCAAGUCAGCUGAUGCAAUAG